UUGAAAGCUAUGAGUUCAUUCUGUGUUUGAAGUCAGCGCUGGGACCUGUGAGCUCAAUCUUUAGAUCAAGGGAGCAGCAACACGUGUGCAGAACUGUGUGCCUCUGUUAGUGCAAAGAAAUACCUGCAAAGGAAAUGUGCUGUAUCUCUAACCAGCUUGUACAUCUAGACACCAGCAGCAGAUUUAAUAUUUCCAUGUGGUCUCGCAGCACACAGAACAGCAAUGUCUGGAAUUAAUAGCAUGUCAAGAAUUCUACUGUUCCUCAUUAUCUCUGCUUCUGAUCUGAAACACCAAGUCCAGUCAAUGGCAGUUGAAAAGGUCCUUCCUGGAGAGAAUAUAAUUCUAAACUGUGACCUCAAACAUAACAGUGAAACCUCUUGGUUUGUACUUUAUCCACAACAAGCUCCAAUUCACAUCUUUCAUGAUACUUUAACACUAUUAAGCAAUGCAUCAAACCCUGUAUACUUCAGCGGCUUCAGUACAUCUCGUUUUUACCCCCUGCUGAACCACACGACCUGGACUGUCAACAUGAGGAUAGACAAUGUUUCUCAGCAGGAUUUUGCUUUGUAUUUCUGCAUGGUUCGAGUGAACGGAGAAAUGAAAUCUGGAAAUUUAACAAAACUUGUGUCGGCGCAUAACUCAACGUCAGAACCGAAAACAGAAACUAACAAUGCGCAGAACUCAACGUCAGAACCAAAAACAGAAACCAAUGGAUCAAACUGUGAGCUGUGCUGUAUUUUGCUGGGCUGCGUCUCCUUAUUAUUCAUGGUCGUCUCCUCUGCCUUUGUCUGUUACUUUGAGAAAAGAGGGGCUAAGGGUGCGAGAACACACGAAGAGAAGACCAAGGCGACCAACUCAAAUCCUGUUCUUGAGCAGGAAGAAGAAAGAGAUGUACAGUACGCUAGUGUGGAUCUGAAAAAAACUCCCAAGCGCAAAAAGAAAAUAAAAGUUCUCCAAAACGAUGUGACGUAUGCUGCAGUCAAGCGCUGAAGUCGUUCUCCAGCAGAGGUUCCUGCAUUGAAAUGUGUGUUCUAUCAGUCUGAUAGAGGAACGGACAAAAAACUUCCUCCUGAAUGCAUAAAACAGAGAGAGUCCAAGAUUCUACGCAGUGGCCUAUUUCUGUACAUUUAUAAAUGUGUUUUAUUUAAUCAAUAAUUAAAGUGCAUAUUCAGUAUAACAAUGAAGGUGGCAAGUCAAUCUAAAUAACAUCCCUGCAGAUAAUACUGAAUACCCAACACUGUACUUCCCCUUAACUUCCCAGAUGAUCAACGAAGUUUUCAUGUGUGUCAAGUCUAGAAAUUUGGAUUCAACAUAUCUAUUAUUAAGGGCAGCAGUGUGGAUUAGUGGUUAGGGCUCUGGACUCUUGACUGGCGGGUCGUGGGUUCAAUCCCAGGUGGGGUACCCUUGAGGAAGGUACUUUACCUAGAUUGCUCCAGUGAAAACCCAACUGUAUAAAUGGGUAAUUGUAUGUAUAAAUAAUCUGUAAAAAAUUAUGUAAUUGUAUGUAAAAAUAAUGUGAUAUCUUGUAACAAUUGUAAGUUGCCCUGGAUAAAGGCAUCUGCUAAGAAAUAAAUAAUUAUUAAUAAUUAACACAAUUUUAUAUUAAUUGGGACACUCUAGAAAAUUGUUGACUGCAGGUAUGUUUUACUUGAUUGUAUUUUAAAACAAAUAAUAGAUGCUAAACAAUUGUAUUGAAUAACAUAAUAACAAAAAAAAGAUUUUGUUUAUUUAUUUAAUAUUAUUAAUAUAGUAAAUGUAUUGCUCCUGCUGUCUUUGUAACUAGCAUUGUAGUUUCCACAUCAGCUGAUCUGUUUUGGUAAUAAGCUAAUCAGAUAACACUUGGGGUGAAACUGCACUGAUGCCU